AUGGGGUGGUACGUGCCCCGCCCCGCCCCCCGGGCUGGCGGCCGCUCACGUGACCCGCGCCGCCUGAGGGAAGGAGCGGCGGCGGUGACGACGACGACGCCGCGGUGGUGGCGGUGGCGGUGGCGGUGCGUGGAGCCCGGGCGGUGCGCGGGCUGGCCUUGCCCUUGGCCUUGGUUUUGUUGUCGGCGGUGGCGACGGCGGCGGCGGAGACCCCCGACCCCCCCGGGCCCCCCUCGGCUCCGCCCGGGCCCCGCGCCGACCCCUCACCGGGGGGGCCCCCCAACGCCGCCUCCACCCCCUCCGUCAGCCCCGCCACCACCGCCGGCGCCCCCACCGCCGGCACCCCCCCCACCACCGGCACCCCCCCCCACCGGCACCGGCACCACCAAGCCCCCGCCGGCCCCAGGGCUCUGUUCGGGGGCUAACUGCAGUACCUGCCUCAGUGCCAACGGCAACAAAACAGUGUGCUUCUGGCUGGAAUGCUCAGAAGGGAAAAGCUACUGUUCAGACAGUUCAGCGGCGGAAAACUGCACGGCGCAGAAUAAAACAGAAGAUUGUUUCGCUUCCACGACAGCCCAUCCGUCACCUACCAGCUCUUCAGUCACCACGCGAGCUCCCACGGUUAUUCCGUCAGGUACGCCGAACACCACCGCGACUCCGAUCCCGCCUCCCCCGCGGAAGUCGACCUUCGACGCGUCCAGUUUCAUAGGCGGCAUCGUCCUCGUGCUGGGCGUGCAGGCCGUGGUCUUCUUCCUCUAUAAAUUCUGCAAGUCCAAAGAACGCAAUUACCACACCCUGUAAGGCGGGCCACCCAGACGGACCGGUAGCCGGGCGUCCUCCGCGUAGUUCCCCGCAACCGAAACGUUUAUCUUUUCCAGGGGCCCCGCGGGGAAGGCGGAAUUGCAGGAUGUUUAAAUCGCCAAAGGUUGCGUUCACCCGUUAUUUCGGAGCAUCCCCCCCCCCCCCAGCCCCGAGAGGAGAAGGCCGAUGGAUCUCGUUACUCUUAGAACGCCCCGCGCGGGUCCACGCGGCCGACUUCUUUCUCUUUCCAGCGGUCACUGCCGUGGGAAUCUUCUUUUCUCUGGCCGCGCCAAACGGAGGCCCCUCCACUUUCUCCUGGACGCGGUGGGGAAACGCUUUUCGUAGCAGACCGGGAUUCUAGCGGUUCAUUUAGUCUCUUCAGAUCGGCCUGAAAGCGGGCAGGUGACGAGGUGGUAAUUUGACGACCGGACCUCUGUAGGAACGGAAUCAAUCGGUGGGGAAGGGAAGUUCGUUUUUCUCCGUUAGCGGGAAGGUGCCAGCGGGGAAUGACGUUCCAGACUUAACGGGACAAAUCGAAACCGACCCUAGCCAGUCGCGGUCCACGCUUCGAACGCGCCUUACAGCAUUGGGAAAACAGUGCCUUAAUCAGAGGGGAAGGUCAGGUCUCUCCUGUUCAGACCCUUUCCUGAAUUUCACACGAAGCAAGGCGGAGGCCGACUCGGUGUGGACCCGGCGCAGCGGGAACUUGCCCUCACACGCUUGAAAUCCCCCGCCGCGCCGGCCUGCCGAGAGCCGCUCGUCUUCCUUCUCUCCAAGUGUCGGGGGGCGUCCGGAAAUGAAAUGACAUUAAAUCGUUUUCACCUGCUAAAGGUAGCAAACCUC